AUGGCAUCCUUCAAUUCCAUUUUCAGUGUUGUAGUAGCCUUGUUGGCUACCACUUUCUUCUGCAGCUAUUCGGCUAACUCCAAUGUGCCAAGUGUAGCUGUCGAGCAAGAAGCAAAGGCUCUGCUACAAGCUGGGUGGUGGCCUCAUGACGUUCUCAACAAUAGCACUCCGUCUCCUUGCAAUUUGUCUGGUAUUACUUGCAAUCGCUUGGGAAGCAUUACUCAUAUUUCUCUACUUCACAAUUCCAAGGUGCAAAAAAAGCUUGGCAGAUUUCUCAACAGCUCUUCGUUCCCAAAUUUAGUCCAUCUUGAUCUUGCUGAAGCUGCACUCGUUGGGAGCAUCCCGCCAGAAAUAGGUACGCUUUCAAAGCUCACCCACCUGAACCUCUCCAACAAUAAUCUUACAGGAAACUUGAGCAAUCUCGGUGUCUUAAAUUUGAGCUCCAACCAAAUCAAUGGUCGAAUGCCUUCAACACUUGGUCUUUUGUUCAACCUCACUCAAAUGGAUAUUUCUAGCAACCAAGUUGAAGGUGCGUUGCCUAGUUCGUUAACAAGCCUUGAUCAGUCAGUUUCCUUGUCUCUGUCCAGUAACGAGCUCAAUGGACCACUCCCAUCAACACUGGACCAACUAACCAGACUAAAUACUCUGUCACUUAGCUGGAAUAAAAUAAGUGGUAAAGUUCCUCCGGAAUUAGGGAACCUAUCAAAUUCUAGACCUUGAU